AACCGGUAAACACAGAACUCGAAACACGCACAACGGAGGUGAGAAAGGCAGACGUCCAGACCGAACUGCGUUGUUCAGCGCGUCUACUAAGCACAAGCGACAGCAGCAAGAGGUCACCAUGACCGACAGGAAGGCUGUCAUAAAGAAUGCCGACAUGUCAGAGGACAUGCAGCAGGAUGCUGUGGACUGUGCCACUCAGGCCAUGGAGAAAUACAACAUUGAGAAGGACAUCGCUGCUUACAUCAAGAAGGAGUUUGACAAGAAGUACAACCCCACGUGGCAUUGCAUUGUGGGUAGAAACUUUGGCAGCUACGUGACACAUGAAACCAAACACUUCAUCUACUUCUACCUGGGCCAGGUGGCCAUCCUGCUCUUCAAGUCUGGUUGAACCCCUACACCUUAACCACCUGACGUCUACCUGGGUCAUCCUCCAGCUCUCUCUCCUCCCGUCUCCACUGACCGAGGCAGGCCGCUACUCCUCCCCUGGAUUGUGAUGCAUUGAUGGUUGUGGCCACACACACAUUGAAGAGUUCUAGAUGAUUCUCCAUUGUGUCUGUGGGGUGCUGCAUGGGCCAUGUACAUGGUGUGUAUCUGUUGCAGUAUAAUUAACAUGAUGGGAUACACCCUGUCCCUAUACACUAUUCCUUAUGUAGUGCACUACUUUUGACCAGGGCCUAUGGGGGGCAUUUGGGACACAACUAAUGACUACAUGUGUAUAUUUUGCAGUAUGAGAAAAUUGCUACACAGUUGCUGAAGGCAACUAGAGAUUAUUAUGUUAAAAUGCGUUUGUUUUGCUUUGCACUGCUGUAUAAAAUGCUUUGACUGUUGGUUCAUAAAGAUUUGUUCAACACUAUUUAAAAGGAA